GCCGCGGCGCAGCCCGACCAAUCCGGGGCCGCGGGUAGUACCGUGGUGCCAGACAGUGCUGCUGCGUCCGAGAGUGCGAGCGCCGCGGGAAGCAAGGACCGGCCCCACCAACCGUUCCGUCCGGGAGAUCCUCGCCUGCGAGGUGCGGGCGGCCCCACUCCAGCCAACUCGAAGCCGAAAGUGUUUUCGGAUAGUAGUACCAGUAUGCAGCAAGACCAGCAGCUCCGUGUCAACAGCUUUGGCAGCGCCACCGGCUUUUCGCUUCCCUCUCCACCCAGUGGAAGCUCUCUGCUGGACGAACUGGGGGGCGGACGAAGACCGAUCGAGUACUCGUUGAACACUUCGCCGUCGCUAUCCAAAGAAGCACCACCGUCAGCAACGUCCUCGGGAACCGGCUCCGAGCGGCUUGGCUCGCGAUCUGGUUUGGCGCCCUUGUUGAGCGGCUCCGGAGCACCUCUGGGAGGUCCGCUCACGUUCAAGGCUUUAGGUCAGUCCCGCAGUGGGGAGUUUUCCUCGGCCUCGAGUUCAUCUUCCUUUGCGACGGGCAGCAAGACGAAAGCGCAGCCUCUCGACCGGGAGCAAGCAGCGGCGGGUAUAACUAGCGGGAAAACACAGAGGC